AUGUACAAACAUUUGAAACUAUAUAUCACAAAGAAGGCCUAUGUGCUUGCACCCGAAACAGGCUCCAAUCUAACAGUGCAUCGCGAUACAGGUGCCCUCGAAUUGACCGAGACCAUUCCCUCUGCUAGCGAGCAAGAAAGCACAUUGAACGUCUAUGGUCUCUUGGGUUUCAUCCAGCUUUUUGCAGGUGAUUACAUGAUGACCAUCACUAAACGCGAGCAAAUUGGUACAAUUCAAGGAAAGGCUAUUUAUCGCGUUAGUGGAUUCCAAAUCUUGCCAUUGGCACAAGACACGAACCGAUUGACUGAGGAUCAGAAAUCCCAAGAGCAAACUUUUGUCAACUUGCUCGAAUCCCAUCUCAAAAACAACACAUUCUAUUUUUCAUAUGAUUAUGAUUUGACGCAAUCCAUUCAAAGACAAGCUCAGUUCAGCAGCGAAAAGUUGGCCGAGCCAUUGUACAAGAGAGCAGAUGAGCGUUUCUUUUGGAAUCGAUUUGUUGCUACGAAGCUGAUUGACGCUAAAUUUGAUACAACAAACUUUAUUUUGCCAGUAAUGCAAGGAUUUGUAGAGUUGAAUCAGUGCAAGAUCAAUGACAAGACUUUUGCGUGGGGUUUGAUUACUCGUAGAAGCAGACACCGUCCAGGCACUCGCUACUUUUCACGUGGUAUAGACGCAAAGGGCCAUGUCUCCAAUUUUGUUGAAACUGAACAGAUUGUCUUGUACGACGGGGCAUCCACUAAUCAGCAAGUUGUGGGGGAGGUAGAGCUCUCGUUUGUUCAGACUCGCGGUUCAAUUCCUGUUUACUGGGCUCAAGUGAUCAACCUCAAGUACACACCUCGUCUUUGGAUUGGAGAGACCAGAAAGAGUUUGGCUGCUGCUCGUGCUCAUUUCGAUGAGCAAAUUCGCAUCUAUGGCCCUCAAAUCUUGGUCAAUCUCAUCAACAAAAAGGGUUAUGAGCUUCCUAUGGGACAAGCUUAUGCUCGCACGGUAGAGCAAUUGAAUGAUCCUCGUAUCUACUAUACGCAUUUUGAUUUCCACUCUGAAUGUAGUAAGAUGCGCUGGCAUCGCAUCCAGCUCUUGGUAGAUCAAUUAAAGGACAAGUUGAAUGAGCAAGGAUACACCUAUUACGAUACUGCUCAAAAGAACCUCAAAAAGACACAGACAUCUGUUGUUCGCUCCAACUGCAUGGAUUGCUUGGAUCGCACCAAUGUCGUUCAGAGCACGCUUGCCAGACACGUUUUGACUCAGCAACUCAAGGAACUCGGCAUUUUGGAAGCAAAUCAAAAAGUAGAGGAUCAACAAGAGUUUAUGAAUAGCUAUAGAAAUGUCUGGGCUGAUAAUGCUGAUGGCGUCAGUUGUGUUUAUUCGGGCACAGGCGCUCUCAAGACAGAUUUCACUCGCACUGGCAACCGCACUAAGGCUGGCGCUCUCAAAGAUCUCCAAAACUCCAUUACGCGUUAUGUUAAAAACAAUUUUUUGGAUGGCUCUCGUCAAGAUUCAUUUGAUCUGUUCCUUGGAAAAUACCAUUUGGUGCAAGAUGCUCAUAGCCCAUUUGUCAGUAACAAGCCUCUCCGUGUCCGUGUUGUACCCUACAUCCUGUUGUUUGCUCUCUUUAUGCUUUUGUUGAAUCUCAUUCGUCCCAAUUACUCGGGAUUCAAGUCCUAUACUUCCUACUUUUUGUUGCUCCUAUUCUGGGUCUCUGUGUUGAUUUCAGGUGUUCGCUUUGCUAUCCAGCAUGGAGAUGAGUUUGUUCAAUGGCCUCAUCUUGUUAAAUUGCCUCCUACAGAUGAUAUUUCUGAGGCUGGUUUUACAGAAAAUGGCAACAUGUCUCCACCCGAGAUUACAAAGGAAGAGUUGCCUGUUCUUUAA